CUCCUUUUUCUUGAUGUAAACUGGGGGCUUGCGUAGGUGACCACGAGGAUUAAACAAGCUAAAGUUUACUGACAAGCCCUGGGACCCCGUGACUGUGUGGUAAAUUGCCGGCCUGAACCACUGGUCUCCCGAUCACCACCCCAGGGUUCUUUGACCCCUGCUAGUCCCCCUCCCAGGAGAGUGACCACAGAGCUCUUAUACCAGUGGUGGUGGCUCAGGGAGCUAGGAGGUCAUCCAAAGGACACAAGGAGAUGGCUUUAGUGAGGGUAGCAUGGGGGUCUGUGGACACAGCUGAGGGUGAGCAGCCCUUAGUAAUCAGAAGGGUCCCUACCCUGUACUCCUGCCCCCGGCUCACUCACACCAGGACACCCAGUCCCCAUCUGGUACGUGGCCAGCCGCAGAGGUCUCUGAGCUGACAGGAACCGAAUGGAGUGGUGCCAGGUACCUUGGGACAUAUACUCUGAAGUCUCCAGAAAGCCCUGAAACCAGAUUCGGAGCACAGGGAGGUAUAAAAGCCUGCGCGCCCUUCAGGCUGUUCUUCCCCUGACUACGAUGGAGGCUGUGAGAAGGCUCGUCCUCUUGGCCCUCUUAAUUGUGCCAUGUUUGGCAGAGUUGAACUGGACCAAGUCUGAAGGCAAAUCAAGCUGCCAGGCCAGCUUGGGAGGCUCCAGCCAGUCAGAUGUCCACAGGGCCCUAAUCCUGCAACUCAAUCCCAACGAGGACUGCACCUGGACACUAGAAAGACCGGAAAACAAGAGCAUCAGAAUCAUCUUUUCCUAUUUCCAGCUUGAUCCUGACGGAAGAUGCGAAAGUGAAAACAUUAAAGUUUUUGAUGGAAACUCUACCAAGGGCUCUCUGCUGGGGCAAGUCUGCAGUAAACAUGACUACAUUCCUGUUUUUGAAUCAUCCUCCAAUUCAUUAACGAUUCAAAUCCUCACUGACUCUGUAAGAAUUCAAAGAAGCGUCUUCAUCUUCUACUACUUCUUCUCUUUUGGCAGCUCUGUUCCAGACUGUGGUGGUUACUUGGACUCCUUGGAAGCCUCUUUUACCAGCCCCAAUUACCCGAACCCGCAUCCUGAGCUGGCUUACUGCGUGUGGCACAUACAAGUGGAGAAAGGUUACAAGAUAAAACUAAACUUCAGAGACAUUUUCUUAGAAGUGGAUGAACACUGCAGAUUUGACUUCAUUGCUGUCUAUGACGGUCCCUCCACCUCCUCUGGCCUGAUUGGACAAGUGUGUGGCCGCACGAGGCCCACCUUUGAAUCCUCGUCAGACUCGUUGACCGUGGUGCUAUCAACAGAUUACGCCAACUCCUACCGGGGCUUCUCUGCUUCCUACACUUCCAUUUAUGCAGAAAAUAUCAACACUACAUCUUUAACUUGCUCCUCUGACAAGAUGAGAGCUAUCAUAAGUAAAUCCUACCUGGAGUCACUUAAAUACAGAGAGAAUAACUUACACCUGAAUGACCCAACUUGCAGACCGAAAAUCUCAAAUGUGGUGGAAUUUUCUAUUCCUCUUGAUGGAUGUGGUACGAUCAAAAAGGUGGAGGGUCACUCAGUCACUUACACCAACAUGAUCACUCUCAUCCGGUCUGCCACUUCGGAAGUGAUCACCCGCCAGAAGCAUCUCCAGAUCAUUCUGAAGUGUGAAAUGGAAUCGAAUUCUACUGUGGAGAUGAUGUAUGUAACGGAAGAUGAUGUAAUACAAAAUCAAAGCGCCCUGGGAAAAUACAACACAAGCAUGGCUCUUUUUGAAUCCAGUUCAUUCGAAAAGCCUAUACUGGAGUCACCAUAUUAUGUGGAUUUGAACGAAACUCUUUUUGUGCAAGUCAGUCUGCGCACCUCCGAUCCAAAUUUGGUGGUAUUUCUGGAUACUUGCAUUGCCUCUCCCACGCCUGACUUUGCAUCUCCAACCUAUGACCUGAUCAGGAGUGGAUGUAUUCAAGAUGACACUUGUAUGAUGUAUCCGUUAUCUGGACACUAUGGAAGAUUCCAAUUUAACGCCUUUAAAUUCUUGAGAAGUCUGGGCUCCGUAUAUCUCCAGUGUAAGAUUUUGAUAUGUGACAGUGGGGACCAUCAGUCUCGCUGCAACCAAGGCUGUGUCUCUAGAAGGAAAAGAGACCUUUCUUCGUACAAGUGGAAGACUGAUUCUGUCAUAGGACCUAUUCGUCUGAAAAGGGAUCGAAGUGCAAGUGGAAAUCCAGGAUUUCAGGACCAAAUACACAGAGAAGAAACUCAGAGUCAAUCUUUUGACAGUCUGCAUCUGUUUUCAUUCAUGGUCCUUGCUCUGAAUGUUGUGAUGGUGGCCGUGAUCGUAGCAAGGCAUUUUGUGAAUCAGAGAACAGACUAUAAAUACGAGAAGCUUCAUAAUAUUAACUGACCGUUCAGCCUUCAGUGAGACCCAUUUUCCCAAAUGCCAAAGGAAAUUUCCCCUGGCUACACAUUAUGAAUAAAUUGGAGAGAGCCGCAUAAAAAUGACACCGUUCCUGCUGUCACUGUGGUCAGAGCUCGCUGCCUUGCAGGCGUGAUUGAAGUGAACAAACAUUAUGUCCAUGCUAAGAACGAAAGCCACCAAAAUACCAGAUGAAUUAGAAACGUCCUUUUUCACAAGCAUGAAACAGUCUCCAUCAAUAUUAGGUGAAAAGAAGAAGGUUGUUUUUACUUAAAUCUUCAGCAUUAGAUGUAUUUGUUUCCUAGAUGCAAA